AUGUUUCAAUUACAUAUUGUUGAUUUAGAUAUUGCUAUACCACUUCAACAAUAUGACCCAUCAACAAAAUUAACAACAACAGAUAAUAUAACACCAUCCGGAAUAACAACUCAACAAUCUAUUCCUAAACUUGAUAAAACAACAAUAUCAACAUGUUCAUGUGAUGCAAUAAUACGUUCAAGUUCAUUUAAAGUUAUUAAUAUAAAUUUUGAUUCAAUUAUUGGUAAACGUUUUUCACAAUUAAUUCGUACAAUAACAUCAACACAUUUAAUUGAACCAAUUGAUCAUUUAAAUAAUGAAAAUAAUUCUUCACCAAAUUCAAAUUUAUUAAAUAUACAACCUGGUAAUACAAAAAAUAUUUUAGAAAAUAUUGAUGAAAGUGAUGAUGAUGAUGAAAGAAUAAAACGAUUAGAAUAUGAACAUUUAAUAUCAGGACAAAAAAUUGAAGCAUUAAAACGAUCUCAAACAUCUUAUGAAACAUUAAAAGCAGAAUUAACAAGAUAUGAAUGGUUGUCUGGUCAUAAUCGUGAUCGAAAUCGUAUUGAUCCAGCAAGUUAUAAACGAACACAAUCAUAUGAUCCUAGUAGACCUUCACAUCAUACUCAGUUUCCAUCACAAGAUCCAUCAAUGUUCGAUGAUCAUCAAUCAAUGACAACUAAUACACCAAAUGAAAUGAUAUCUGCACCAGCUGUAGAUUUAGAAUUAAAUUUUCAAAUUCAAAUUGCUAGUGGUUCAUGUAAUCUGUAUACAAGUCGUGAUUUAAUAUCAAAUUCAUCAUUUACCACAGCAAAUCCAACUAAACAACAGCAAUCUCAAAAGAAUCCAGUAACAACAAAGUAUUUACUUGCUUGUAUAUCCGCAGUUCAACAAAAAUCAACAACACUACCUUCUACCAGCCCAACUUACAAUAUCUGGUCCGCGACUGAUGCAACUAGUAUUUAUACUCAUUUGUCAACGCGAGGUUAUCAAUAUGGAUCUUCUUCUCGAAAUAUACAAUCACUAUGUGGUACGACAUCUACAGUUAUUGAUCAAAUUCAUAGCAAUGUUGAUGCAAUUAUUGAUCUCUCUUAUUAUCAUUUGCUUCAUCCAAUUAUUUUGGAUAUGUUUUUGCAGCCAUCUGUACUUUUGUUACCUGGUGUUGAUUUUCCAGUCCUUCCUGUUAGUAUUCAGAAAUUUGUUGCUACGAACAAAAUGAACACAUCUCAUUCAGAUGUUGAAUUGUCAGGAAAGCAUCAUAAUAUCAUUUGUGGCUUAGGUCAAGAACGAGCACAUAAUCUUGAUAUAUUGGUUCUACCAAGUGGUGACACGAUAGACAACGAAUCGAUGAUCAUUUUUGAAGGUCUUGGUCUAUUCGCAGUGGAAAAAAUUUCCAAAGGUGAAGAAUUAAUUUACGAAUACGAUCCUUUGGUCGAGGAGUGGCCGUUUUAUCCUGAUAAUGAUAGACGAGGAAAAUAUACCGAAGCAGAAUUAUUCAAGUUGAUUGAAAAUAACCCAAAAUUAAGCAAACUCAUUAAUUAUCAAGCAUACAUGGUUGACGAUAAUCUAUUUAAUGUUCCAUUUAAAUAUGCAAUCAUGGAUUCUGAUACUAUUGAUGAUUGUGAAAAGCGCUUUCCCCAUACUUUAUUCAUUAACCAUUCUUGUGACCCAAAUAUUGGCUUUAUUGAAGUCACAAAAUGCUACGCACUACGAGACAUUGAUAUUGGUGAAGAAAUAACACAGAAUUAUGGAUGUCUUGCGACCGAAAAUUCUCUUAUCGUUGGAAUAAAAUGCCAAUGUGGGUCAAAAGAUAAAUGUCAACAAAUUCUUCGCAUGGAUUUUUAUAAGGACCCAAUAUGGCGACAAGAAAACGAACGAUAUUGCUUCCCCUAUGUUAAAAAGAAGAUCCAAGAAUUACUAUAUAACAACGAAACAAUUGCUAAAACUGCUAUAAUUGAGCAACAGAUGUCAAUGACGGAUGCUAGUAUGUUUUGGCGUGAUGUUCUCCAUGGUUAUAAGCUUGAUCGAUCUCUACCAUUACCGUUUGAUCGAUAUCGUCUUGUGGAUGAAGAUCGAACUGGUCGUGGAAUAUCUGUUUCCGUCGAUUUCGGUGAAGAUCUCUCACAUUACUUCCUUCAUUAUGCAUCAUCAAUGAAUAUAAAACUCGAACAUCUUGUAUUUGCCAUUGAUUAUGCUUUUAUGUUCAAGUUAACAAAUGGAGAGACGGAUUUGUGUGUUGCAGUUAAUACCGAUAGUCAACAUAGAGAUGAAUUCAAAACAAUGAUUGAUUUGUUCGAAAAUAUCGUUCCAUUACGAUGUCAACUAGAUCCUCAUUGGUCUUUCCAACAGCUGAUGGAGCAUACUUGUGAGAUAAUAACAAGUACUAUACAGUAUUCUUACUUUCCUCUAAAACGUAUUCUUGCCCAAUAUUCCAAUGCUUCAAAGCCUGCAUUUCUCGACACAUCAUUCGAAUUUCUAUCAAAUGAAAAUGUCAAGAACAAAAUAAUGUUUAAUGAUAGUCGACUUCGUACUAUGUUAGUGACCUCAAUCAGAGGUAAUGACGAGGAAAUCAUGAGUAACUUCGAUUUUUCUCUCACUAUGCAACAUAAUUCGAAAACUAAUCAACUAUCAUGCACAAUCAAUGGAUCACUUGAUCUGUUCAAUCGAAAUACAAUUGAAAAGAUUGGACAACGAUUUCAUUCGAUCUGUAAACAAUUGUUUGCAUCUAUUCGUGACCAAACAAAUCAAUCAAUCUAUGAACUAUCAUUAGUAAUGCCCGAUGAAAGAUUACUCUUGCAAUCAAUGAAUAAUACAGAAAUAUCAUUUUCAUCUCCUGUCACUUUUAUCCAUCAUGAAUUUGUAUAUCAAGUAAUGAAACAUCCACAAAAACUAGCUGUUGAACUUGAUGAGCAAUCAUUAACAUAUUGUGAACUUUUACAUUAUGUUCAAAUGUUAUCUUUAACUCUUCGCAAUGAAUAUCAUGUGUUUCCAGGCGAGGUCGUGUGUCAAUGUGUUGAGCGAAGUGUCUCAAUGGUAAUUGGUAUUAUGGGAAUUGAAAUGGCUGGUGGUGUUUAUUGCCCAUUAUCACCUCGAGAUCCACAACAUCGUUUGCAUGCACUCACACAACAAACACAAAGUCGCCUUGUUCUUGCUCAUUACUUAACUAAGACCAAGUUUCUUCAGAGCAUUGUAUUACUUGAUAUCGACUUAAUAGUGUUGGACAACGAGAGAGGGGAUAUAGACAAUAUAGAUGGACUAUCAGAUAUUAUAGUAGCAUCGAACAGUAUGGCUUACAUCAUCUUCACGAGUGGUUCAACAGGAACACCGAAAGCAGCUCAAGUACGACAUCGAAAUUUCAGUCGGUAUAUGUACUCAUUAGUAUGUGGUGAUGUAUUGACGGAGAAGGAUACAAUUUUGCAAAUAUCCCGUUGUUCGUUUGAUACACAUGUUCAAGAUAUUAUGGGCACAUUAUCAACUGGAGCUACCCUUGUAAUGUUGCAUCCAGGAGGAAUUAUUGAUCUGGAGUAUCUUACUAACGUCAUCAGAAAGAAGAAUGUUACAUGCUUUACUAGUGUACCAACUAUUCUUCAACAUUUAUUUGAUUUUGUGAAACGAUCUAAUGAUAGCUCAUCUUUAAUAAGUCUGCAAUGCGUUUGCACUGGUGGUGAAAAGUGUUCUGUCAAUCUGGUAAACCUAAUUUUAAGUUUAGUCGCGGAUCACUGUAAACUGUGGAACUUUUACGGUCCAGCUGAAGCGACCAUUGUUUGCACCUUCUACAGAGUAAGUCUCAUAGCUGAUACACAAAGCAUACCAAUUGGGAGACCACUUUCGAAUUACCAAUGUAUGACUAUGAAUGAAUAUUUACAAUCAUCUGCGAACGGCCAAGAAGGUGACCUGUAUGUCGGAGGAGUGGGUGUAUUUGCUGGUUAUCUUGAACGUGAUGACUUAACUGCAAAAGCUCUUGUCGAAAUAGAUGGUGAAUUGUUUUAUCGAACUGGUGAUCUUGUUACAAUGGAUAACAAUGGUCUACUCCAUUAUCGAGGAAGAAAAGAUCAUCAAAUCAAACUUCAUGGACAACGAAUUGAACUUGGUGAAAUCGAACGAUGUUUACUUAACAUUAUAUCCAUCUCUGCUUGUAUUGUCAUGAAGUGGAACGAUAAUUAUUUAGUUGCUUAUGUUCAAAGUUCUGAUAUUAAUGAAGUCCAACUACGAGAACAUUGUCAAUCUCAUCUUCCCCCACAUAUGAUACCAUCAGUAUUCAUUAUACUUGACAAACUACCUUUGAAUCAAAAUGGUAAAAUAGAUCGAAAACUUCUUCUUCCACCUGACUUCUCAUCUACACAUCUCACAAACAGUACAGAACUAUUACUACCAACAAAUGAAAUUGAAGUAACUAUUCAUCAGAUUUGGUGCGAUGUUUUUCUACAGAAUCAGAUCUCAAUAGACACAAAUAUUUUUACUAUCGGUGGUCACUCACUACUUCUUAUACAACUGUAUCAACUGUAUAGCAGCAAAUUUCAUUUAAAAAGAGCCAGUUUUUGUAUUGCUAAUCUUUAUCAACAUCUAACAAUUAUCGAUCAUGCUCGAUUCAUUAGUCAGCUAAUAAUUAACCAGCAAAAAGAUCAAAAACUUUUAUCUGAAGAACAAUCAUUUCCUGUUGAGGAAUGCAUUCAUAUCGAUUCUGAAGACAAUAUCGUGCUUAUAAUCGAUGAGUCAUCAAAGUACCAACCGUUUCCUGUCACAGAAGUUCAACAAGCCUAUUUGAUUGGACGAGAGAAUUUACUUGAACUUGGUCAUGUUUCUUGCUUUUCCUAUGAAGAAUAUGAUUUGCCAUCAACACUAGAUAUUGAACGAUUAGAGCAAGCAUUGAAUUAUUUGAUCCACCGUCAUGAAAGCUUGCGUACUAUUUUUCCAUCUAAUAUAGAACAGAAAUUUCUAGAAAAAGUUCCUUAUUACAGAAUAUCUGUACUUGAUUUAAAUACUAGCAUAUCUGUAAAAAAUCAACUAAUGGAACGACGAAAACAACUGUCGCAUCAGAUUCGUCCGGCGAAUCGAUGGCCACUAUUUGAUAUUCAAGUCACUCGUUUUACCAUUGAUGAUGAAUUUCAUAUACGUUUACACAUUGGUUUUGAUCUCCUUAUAAGAGAUUUUUGGAGCUGGAACUUAAUUAUGUAUGAAUUAAAUGAACUGUAUUUGAACCCAAAUAUUAGAUUGGCGCCAUUAAAAAUCUCUUAUCGAGAUUAUGUUUUAACAGAAAGUCAAUAUAUAAAUACAAUUAACUAUCACAAUGAUAAAAAAUAUUGGAUUGAUCGUUUAAAUUCAUUCCCAUUAGGGCCUAAUUUACCAUUACGAUGUACAUUAAACGAAAUACGAGCACAACGAUUUCAUCGGUCAACAUUAACAUUAGACAAAUUAUUUUGGCAAAAAUUGAGACAAUAUAUUAGUGCUCAACAAUUGUCACCAGCUGGUUUUUUAGCAUCUGCCUAUGCUAUUAUUUUAUCUAAAUGGAGUGAAAAUCAACAUUUUACUUUAAAUUUACCAAUUUUUAAUCGAUUACCAAUUCAUUCUCAGAUUAAUGAUAUAGUAGGCGAUUUCACAACAAUUUUGCCAUUAGAGAUAGAUUUAACUAAGCCAAUUAUUUUCAUUGAGUUUGUUCGCAAAGUUCAAAAACAGUUAUGGAACGAUCUUGACCAUGUGUCAUAUAAUGGAGUAUCAUUUAUUCGAGAUUUGAUGCACAUUCAUCAAACAAAAGGAAUUGUUUUGCCGUAUGUUUUUACCUGUGGAAUAGAUAUUAACAACAUAAAUCGAAAAAAUACUUCACAUCAUAUGUUCAGUCAAGAUAAACAAGUGUAUGGCAUUACUCAAACACCUCAAGUUCUUCUCGAUCACAUCGUUUAUGAACAUAACGGAAACUUGUUAGUACAUUGGGAUUAUGUACAGAAUUUAUUUUCAUCUCAAUUAAUCAAUGAUAUUCAAGAUACAUUUAUCGAUCUCCUCCAAAAAUUGGCUUUAUUUGAUGAAAUGUGGCAAAAGCCUCUUCUCAUUUCAUUACCACUUAAACAACAAGAACGACGAUUAGAAUUCAAUCAAACACAAUGGAAAUCAAACAUUAAAGGUAAAUUACUUCAUUCGCUCGUCAUCAAACAAGCUGAAUUAACACCUGAUGCAUUAGCUAUUCUCUCUUCUAAAAUAAAUCUAACAUACAAACAACUGAUGAAUCAUGUUUAUUCAUUGGCAUACCAUUUGCAGCAACAAGAAAAAUAUUCAAAUCAGUUAGUUGCUAUUCUAAUGACAAAAGGAUGGGAACAAGUAGUCGCUUGUCUAGCUAUUUUAGUAUCGGGUGGUGCUUAUUUACCUUUGGAUGUUGAUUCACCAAACGAUCGUCUUUGUUCAUUAAUCGAAGAAACUAAUGUCACAAUUAUUCUUACUCAAUCUCAUUGUGAACAUGCAUUUCCAUAUCUAACAACUAUUUCAGUUGAUACACUCUCAAUUGAUGAUAAUUAUCCAACACCAUUUCCUAUCAAACAACAAUCAACAACUGAUUUAGCUUAUGUUAUUUAUACAUCCGGAUCAACUGGAAAACCAAAAGGUGUUAUGAUUAGUCAUCAAGCUGUUGUGAAUACUAUUUUAGAUAUGAAUUCAAGAUUAGAGAUCUCAACUGAUGAUAGAAUAUUUGCAUUAUCACAUCUCAAUUUUGAUUUAUCAGUUUAUGAUAUAUUUGGAAUAUUAAUUGGUGGCGGAACUAUAGUAAUUCCAAAUCAUGAAGAUUAUAAAAAUCCUGAACAUUGGUAUGAUAUGAUAAUGAAAUAUCAUGUCACUAUUUGGAAUAGUGUUCCAAUGCUUAUGCAAAUGUUUGUUGAACAUCUCAAACAUACGAAUAAUCAUAAUCAAUUACGACAUAUCUUACUUAGUGGUGAUUGGAUGCCACUGUCUCUACCAAAAUCGAUACAAACAACAUUUGGUGAACAAGUAACAAUAACUAGUUUAGGUGGUGCAACAGAAGCAUCGAUUUGGUCAAUUGCCUAUACUCUACCAAAAAAAAUAUCACAAGAAUGGAAAUCAAUUCCUUAUGGAAUACCGUUAAGAAAUCAACAAUAUUAUGUUUAUGAUAUGCAUCUUGAUGAUUGUCCUGAAUGGGUCAUCGAUGAAUUAUAUAUUGGUGGUGAAGGUUUAGCUAAUGGUUAUUGGAACGAUCAAGAAAAAACACAAUCAAGUUUUAUUAUUCAUCCAUUAACUAGUAAACGUCUCUAUCGAACAGGUGACUAUGGUCGCUUUUUACCAAAUGGAUAUAUUGAAUUUACUGGGCGAAAAGAUUUUCAAGUAAAAGUACAUGGUCAUCGUAUUGAACUUGGUGAAAUUGAGCAUCAUUUACAACAACAUCCAGAUAUUCAACAAGCUAUUGUUAAUUACGAUGACAAAUCUCAACACUUAAUUGGAUAUAUUAUGCCAGAAACAUAUUCUAUUCAUAAUAAAGAAUAUGAUUCAACAGAAGUAUUAAUCGUUGAUCCUAUUGAACGUAUCAAUUUUAAGCUUGCAAGACAUAGCAUAAGAUAUCAAAAGAAGGUAGAAAAGAGCUUUGCUCUAACAAAACCAAAGCUUACAGAAACAUUGAUCAAUACAUAUUAUAUGAGGAAAAGCUAUCGACAAUUUACAAAUGAAACUAUUGAAAGAUCUACUAUCGAAAAGUUGUUAAAAAACUGUCACAAUAGCAAUAAUAACGAAAAAAUAUCUUUAACUCACCUCGAUUUUGGUAUUCUUAGUCAACUAUUAGCAGUAUUAACAUCGAUCAGUAUUUCUGAUCAACCUUUACCGAAAUAUCGUUAUGCAUCAGCUGGCAGUCUUUAUCCAGUACAGGUAUAUGUUGAAUUACCAACAUUUAUAGAUAAUAUUUCGCCUGGUGUUUACUAUUAUGAUCCAGACGAACAUACUCUAGAGCUAAUUGGUACUCAUAUUAAUGAUGAAAUGAUGAAUAUAAGAUUACAUCUUGUUGGACGAUCAUCAGCAAUUGCCCCGCUAUAUGGUAAAAGAUUGGGUUCUCGAUUUUGUAUGCUAGAAACAGGAUAUAUUAUGGGGUUAUUGGAAAAAGAAGGGUCAAAACUGGGAUUAACAUUUUCGAAAAAUACUCAUAAUGAAUCUAUAACUCGCGAUAUUUUGAAUAUAGAUGAGAAUGAUACGCAUUGCUGUUUCAAAAUUUCAUCAUUUAAGGAAAAUAUUUCUAAAAAUAUACAAAAUGACAAUCAUCAAUGUAUUAUUUAUCUAAAAUCGGUCAACAAUAACAAAGACCAAUGGUUUGUUUAUAACAAAGAAUAUGAUAUUGUUACACCUUUUGAUGUCAAAACUGAAACUACACAAGAGAAACCACCACUGUUCUUUGAUGAUGACGAUGAUGCGAAGAUUAUAUUCCAUGAUUGUCAAUGUGCAAUCUUCUUCAGCGGACAAUCAGAAGACACAAUCAAUAUAGGUAAGUUGUCACAUUUAUUAAUGGAUCAUUGUUUAGAAAUGAAUAUUGGCAUGUGUCCAAUUGGUGCUCGUACGAGUUUUCCAAAACAAAUUAAUGAUGCAUUAGAUACUGUUCUUAUUCAUGAGAAACUAAAUGGAAGUAACAUAUUACAUACAUUACUUAUUGGAAAGAUUAGUAAUAAACAAAAAUAUGAACAUGCUAUUUCAAAAGUGAAAUCAAUGCCAAACUGGAGUGAAACAUUACGAAUAUAUCUAAAGAAAAAGCUACCAAUGUAUAUGGUACCAUCACAUUUUAUGAGUGUUUCAUCGAUUCCGUUAAGUCCAAAUGGUAAAAUCGAUCGAAAAGCUUUACCAGAAAUACCAAUAUCAGUGCUUCAACAAGAAGAUACCUAUAAUGCACCAAAUACUGAAUUAGAACAGGCGGUUGCGAAUAUUUGGCAAGAAAUAUUAUACAAAAAUCAACGUAUUAUACAACAUGGUGAUCUGGGAUUGAAUAAGGUGGCAUCUAUUGCAAACGAAACAGUAUCUUCGACAUAUUAUCCAACUAUAAAUGUCUCUGGUGUAGACAAACAAACGCCUUGUGCUAUACCUACUACAGCUAGUUUCUCCAGCGUUGGCGGCAAUUCUCUUUUACUUGUCAAGAUCUAUCAACGUUAUCAAUCAAAAUUUAAUUUUGAAACAGAAGCACUGAGUAUUCAACCAUUCUUUGGAUAUAACACUAUACGAGAACAUGCAAAACUACUUGAAACAGUCAUCAUCGAUAGUACACAACUAAAACAAUGGCAUACACUGAAUAUUAAUGAAGAACCUUAUGUAGCAAAACCAAUGUUAUCUCGAUCUGCAUCCGUUUACAAUGAUGUCAUCAUAUGUGAACAGAAAUCUAACAACCUUGAUCGACUGUCUUUGUGGUAUAAACAAAUUUCAAGUAUAUAUACGAAUAUCGAUGAACUACAAUUUAUGAAUUGGGGUUACGCAGAUUUGGAUGAGCAUACUGAUGACAAUACUGGUUACUAUUCGAAGAAACUUUAUCAACAAGUUCUUGCUAAUGUAACAUUCACAGAUCGAAAUAUACUCGAAGUGGGUUGUGGUAGAGGUGCUGGUGCUGCAUGGUGUGUUCGUACAUAUGCUCCUCGAUCUUAUGUUGGAACUGAUCCUUCUCGAGAUGUUAUUAACCUAUGUCAACAAUGUUAUUCGACAACUCCUCGACUCUCAUUUAUGAUAGCUGAUCCAGAAACUCAUUUGCCAUUGCAAAAUGAGUCAAUGAAUGUUGUUCUCUCAAUUGAAACAACAAAUCUUUUUGAUGAAAGAGAAGCAGUGAAGAAAUUCGUCGAUGAAAUUACUCGUGUGCUUACUCCAAAUGGAUACUUCCUGUGGUGUGGAUUGUGUAAUGUAGAUGGAUCAAGUGUACUGAUUGAUUAUUUAAUAGCAAAUAAUGCAUUUAUAAUUAAAGAGAAGGUCAAUAUUACAAGAAAUGUUCUUCAUGCACUUGACAUUCAAAGGAACUCACAUGCUGAUUUUAUUGAGCGUUAUAUUCAACCUGCAGAUCAAGAAUACUGUCGUCUAUUUGCUGGAUUACCUGGUACUCAACUUUAUGAUAAUAUGCAACAAGGGUGUACAGAAUAUUGGCGAGUUGGAUUCCGCAAGAAGAUAAUAAAAAAGACACUUCAUAUUCAAUACUAA